AACAAUUAAAUUCCACCUCUCGAAUAGAAGAACAACUAAAUUCAACUUUGUUAUUGCAAUUUAUUCCAAAAAGCUGCGGAAGAACUAAUAUUAAAGAUCCCAUAAAUGCUUUAUUAUCUCCGUUUCGCGAAGAAGUCUCCAUUGAAGUUGCACGAUUAUCUCAGCGAUUAUUUAAGCAGGAUUCACAUAAACCUUUAUUACAGACAAUGUUAUCAAACACGUUUAAAUGCAUGCUGCUUGAUCUUGCUCUCCGCGAUACCGACUUGUCUCUUGUUCCACGUCAAAAUAGAUCCAUGGUCAAUAGUCCUUUAAGUUUG